GGAAGUAUUUCCUCUCGUUGUUCAACGUAGAAAAGAUGGCGACGGUGCAAGUCGCCGGCUCCCUGCUGGGCGGGUCGCCACGAGAAGCGCCGCGGGAGCUGCCCCGAGAGCUGGGCGCUGGGUUCCGUCGCCUUUCGGCCAGGCUCUGCGCCUUGCGCCCCGAUGACAGCAGCUCCUCCCGCACCGAGAUCCACCUGCUCCUAGACCAGCUCAUCUCCGAGAACUACAGCGAGGGCGGCGGCGUGGCCCCGGAGGAUGUCAGUACUCUUCUUGUCCAGACUUGUCGCCUGGUGCCUCUUAAUCAGAAUCAUCUUGUCAGCAAAGUGUCUCAGCUUAUCCACCACUUACUUAACACAUUACAGGUGAUCGUUGACGAGCAGAACCUGGACUUCCUGCUGGCGUACACGACGUCUGCUCUCCAGCAGUGCAGCUGCUGGACGCACGUGCAAGUUCUCCAGGCCCUGGCGGCGCUGGUUUACGGCAACGGCUCCAAGUGCCAAAAGUACCUCCCAGACUUACUAGGCAGGAGCGGACUCUUGGUGAAGCUGAGUGACCUGACCCAGCCUGACCCCGAGGUUAGGAGAGCUGCAGUACAUUGCAUGGCGAACCUGUGUCUCAGUGUGCCCGGACAGCCGUACUUGGAGGAGCCCUACCGGAACGUCUGCUUCCAGGCUUUCCUGACCACUUUACAGUCCCCAAAGUCGCCUGACAUGGACGAUAUCACGUUUUGCAUGUUGUUACAAAAUGCAUUAAAAGGUGUUCAGUCUCUUCUAAACGGCGGCAAGAUGAAACUGACACAGACCGACGAGCUGGGUGCCCUCCUGGCCGUGCUGAAGAAAUCCAUGUUUCACGGGCUCCCCGGAAUAAACCUAGAGAUGCCUACGGUGCUGUACCCGACCCCGCUUCCGCAGUGUGACGGGCGGCCGCCUGCCAGGUCGCAGCUCUCCGAGCCCGGCGCUUCUCGGCCGGCUGUGAAUAGAAAGAAAAAAUCAAAGAUAAAACCAAAGAAAAUGCAGCAAGGAGAGGAGGGGGAGGAGGAGGAGGAGUCCAGUGGAGAAAGAGAAGCGGCCCCCGCCACCGGCUCUGGCCUAGCGAGCCUGCACGAAGGGGGAGGGGCGCAGCCUCCCUCCCCCCUGGGUGUGCAGGGCUUGCCCUUCGAGGGGAGCGGAGCUGCGGGGAAAGACGGAGUCCCCUCGCCCUUCGGCCCCUCCGUCUGGAAGAGGCUCAGCAGCAGUGAGUCGGACUACUCUGACGCCGAAGGGGGCAUGCAGAGUAAAAUGAGGUCCUACCAAGCCAAAGUUCGCCAAGGAGCGCUAGCGUGCUUUCUUUCUACUAUAAAAUCGAUCGAAAAGAAAGUCCUGUACGGCUACUGGUCGGCCUUCGUCUCGGACACGCCCGAGCUGGGGAGCCCGCAGUCAGUUUCCCUGAUGACCCUCACGCUGAAGGACCCCUCCCCAAAGACGCGAGCCUGCGCCCUGCAGGUUCUGUCCGCCAUCUUGGAAGGCUCCAAGCAGUUUCUCUCCGUCGCCGAGGACACCAGUGACCACAGAAGGGCCUUCACUCCCUUCUCCGCCACGAUCGCGUCCAGCAUCAGAGAGCUGCACAGAUGCCUCUUGCUAGCGUUGGUGGCCGAGUCGUCCUCGCAGACCCUCACUCAGAUAAUUAAGUGCCUUGCAAAUUUAGUAUCGAAUUCACCUUACAACCGACUGAAACUCAGCCUGCUGACCAAAGUCUGGAACCAGAUAAAGCCUUACAUCCGCCACAAAGAUGUUAAUGUCCGUGUGUCGAGUCUUACACUCUUGGGAGCCAUAGUGUCCACUCACGCGCCUUUACCUGAAGUCCAGCUCCUUCUGCAACAGCCCUGUUCCUCUGGACUCAGCAACAGCAACUCAGCAACUCCCCACCUCUGCCACCCCGACUGGUGGAAGAAAGCCCCCACAGGACCCUUCCUGGAAGAAGCAUCAGUCGGCUCUCCAGCGGGGUCUUCAGAGCCCUGCUGGCUCAUUCGACUCUGCAUUUCCACGGUCGUGCUGCCCAGGGAGGGCUGCUGUGCGGGCAUCGACGGCGGCUGUGCAGCAGGAAGCACCCACGUGCCAUCCCCCAUGCGCCUGGAGGCCUUGCAGGUGCUGGCCCACCUGGCCAGGGGCUACUUCUCGGUGGCUCAGGUCUACCUGAUGGAGCUCGGAGAGGUGAUCUGCACGUGCCUCGGGGAGGCAGACCCGUCCAUUCAGCUCCACGGGGCAAAGCUUCUGGAAGAACUGGGCACGGGCAUCAUACAGCAGCACAAGCCUGACUCCCCCCUCCCACCCAGUCAGAGGGUGCCCGUCACCUCGGUGGUGCUGUUCUGGACCGCGAUGCUGAACGGCCCGCUCCCCAGGGCCCUGCAGAACUCCGAGCACCCGACCCUGCAGGCGAGCGCCUGCGACGCCCUGUCCUCCAUCCUGCCGGACGCCUUCAGCAGCCUGCCGAGCGACUGGCAGAUCCUGUGCGUCACGGUGCUGCUUGGGCUGAACGACAGCAGGAACCGCCUAGUGAAAGCGGCCGCCUCGCGGGCCCUCGGCGUCUACGUGCUGUUUCCCUGCCUCCGACAGGACGUCAUCUUUGUUGCAGACACAGCCAAUGCAAUACUGAUGUCGCUUCAGGACAAGUCUCUGAAUGUGCGAGCCAAAGCAGCCUGGUCCCUGGGCAACCUGACCGACACUCUGAUUGUCAACAUGGACACACCGGACCCCAGUUUCCAGGAGGAGUUCUCCGGUCUCCUGCUCCUGAAGAUGUUGCGAUCCGCUAUAGAAGCGUCCAGGGACAAAGACAAGGUGAAAAGCAACGCAGUCCGGGCCCUUGGAAAUUUGCUCCACUUUCUGCAGCCUCCUCACAUAGAAAAGCCCCGGUUCGCUGAAAUCAUAGAGGAGUCCGUCCAGGCCCUGAUCUCUGCCGUGCUGACCGAGGCCGCCAUGAAAGUCCGAUGGAACGCUUGCUACGCCGUGGGGAACGCGUUUAAAAACCCCGCUCUUCCGUUGGGAACGGCCCCGUGGACCUCGCAGGCCUACAACGCGCUGACGUCGGUGGUGACGUCGUGCAAGAACUUCAAAGUGCGCAUCAGGUCCGCCGCCGCCCUUGCCCUCCCGGGCAGGAGGGAGCGCUACGGGUCUGCCGACCAGUUCGCGCAGAUCUGGAGGGCGCUGGUCACCGCCUUGCAGAGGAGUGAAGACACCGCCGACUUUUUGGAAUUCAAGUACUCCGCCAGCCUCCGCACCCAGAUCUGCCAGGCGCUGAUUCACCUCUUGAGCUUGGCCAGUGCCCCAGACCUGCCCUGCAUCAAAGAAACCUUGGAGGUGAACGGAGACAUGGUCCAGCCCUAUAUUCUGCAGUUUUUAAAAUCGGGCGCAGAGGGAGGUGACAGCGGAGCCCCCCACGGCCAGCAGGAGAGAGACCAGAUGGUCAGAACAGCCCUGGAGCACGUGAGCAGUGUCCAGGCCCUGCCUGGCGACACAGCCAAAAGGGCCAUCGCGGGCUUCUUGCAGGAUACCCUGACCAUCUAUUUUGACUCAGUCAGGUGCUAAAUGUGCUCCCAGGUUGAACAAAUCAGCGACUGUUCCACUGUGCUUUCCAGGGGUCACGUGGUAACAGGAAAACCCAAGCUUGAGCUUCAGAUAAUGUCAAAUUCAUCAGUAAUCUUAGGGACAGAGGUACUCCAUCCAGUAUUUAUUUAGAAUGAAUUAGCAGCUGUGUUUAUUUUUCUAACAGGGCUCAGCCACGGUCUGGGUUGAUGGGUUGAGUCUGACCUGUGUAACCAGGAGCCAAGGAGUUGGGUUGUAGGAUGGGCUGAGCACAGUGGGGGAUGUACUCAGCCCAUCCUACAGGAAAAGAAGGCAGCCCUUGCCGGGCAGCUUACUUGGUUAGAGCGUCGUCCCAGCGCCCCAAGGUUUUGGGUUCAACCCCCUGUCAGGGCACAUACAGGAAUCAACCAACAUGUCCAUAAAUAAAUGGAACAACAAAUUGAUGUUUCUCUCUCUCCCCCCCCAUUAAAAGUCAAUAGAUUUUUUUAAUUGUUUUAAAAAGGAUUUAGGAAUCCUAAAAGGAUUUAGGAAUUUUGUCUGUGGGAAUUAUUUUUUGUUUAUAAUAAACUAGUGAAAACUAGUGUGCCUGCAACCUUCCAUCGUUAUAAAGUUGCGUUUGCAGGCAGCUGCAGGCAUCGUUAUAAAGUUGCAUUUGCAGGCAGCUGCAGGCAGUGCUGAUGUGCAGCCGUGUGCUCUGGCGCAGGUGCAGUGGUGGCUGAAACACGGCGAGUUCCUUACAGGUCGGUAAUACCCGCUGGGCUGGACCCCCCAAGCGCCCACCCCGGAAGCCCCUCUGUGCCUUCUGAAGGAAGCGGCUAUUUUCUUGUCAUUUUUGUCGAAGUGUGGCAUAUAUACUUUAUUCCUAGUUCUUUGGGCUUUUACUGGUGGGUUUUUUGACAAGAUAUUGUGAAAUGGCUUUGGAUGGUUUCAUUUAAUGAAUUACUCUUAUCCUUUGCUUUUCUUGAAUAAAAUCAAAUUUUUUCUUUUUUAAA